AUGGAGGAUCGUCUACAAGUUACGCCACACUUCACUGACGCCACGUGUGGCGGCGCUCUUCUGACCAACCAGGAAGCUCCAAGCUCGACAUCUGGCCUCGAGCGUCAUCUCAACACCAUACCAACGCCCCGCGAUCAACAUCACGUCAAUCCGGCGCAUUACGACGUUGAAUCCAUUGCAGUCGCCUUCCUCUUCAGGACAUACUCCAAAUCACGUCGAGAGAGGCAUCGCCUCAUCGCCAUCAUGGCUUCAUCAUUCCCUCGAUCGAGUAUCCAACUCGAUUACCCUCUAUAUGCCAUCGACUUCGACCCUGAGGAUGCGACUCGAGUUGUUGUAGGCGGCGGAGGUGGUGCCGGCCGAUCUGGUGUCGGUAACAAAAUCACUGUCCUUGAGACUGUUUCCCAGCAGGAACUUCGCUCGGCCGGAGAGAUCGCCCUUUCUCGCGAUGAAGACAGCGUCAUGUCCCUCGCUGUUGGUCCUCACAGGGGCAAAUCCACAUACCUUUACGCCGGCGUCAACUCCAGCCCAGAAAGCAUCGCAAAGGGCAAGAAUGAGCACCUCCGAGCCCUGAGCGUUGAUCCCUCCAAGCUGCGUACUUCGGUCGGAGCUAAGACCCCCGAUACGAACAUCACAGAAGCGUCGCGAACAGCUCUCUUCCAAGACCCCGAAGUCGAUACAUACCAGCGACUGUUGCGCAUUGCCGGAUCGACCGGUGUUGCAGCUACAGCGAUGAGCAAGGAGCCUCAAUUGGCGAUUUUUGACGUCGCAGGCGCUGCUGUCAAGUUGCUCAGCGUUCUCAAGAUCGAGAAAGAGGCUGAGGAUUUGGAUAUCGUACAGACAGGAGAGAACGAGUUCCAAAUCGCAUACUGCUACAAGUACGAGCUGUGGCUUGUCAACGUUAGCGGCAAGGAGAUCAGCGAACCACGACGGGUCUAUGUCAUGAUGGAUGACCAUGGCGAGCGACCAGCUUUCCGAGCGCUUCGAUACCUGAGCCCCAACUUCCUCGUGGCUGCGACCAAUCUUCCCAAGCGAAGCGGAGUCGUGAUACAGGCUUUCAGAUUGCCCAAGUUAGAGCAGGCAGAGGCGCGCCUGUGCCUCAAUGCCAGAAUACCAAGGAAGAUUUCUGCAACCGCAUUCGCCGUCGCCAACCUAUCCCCUCCAUCUUCACCAUUUGGCGCUCUUGGUGAAACACAGUUUGUCAUUGCUGUUGCGGGCCACGAUUGCUCCAUUACUCUAUACACACUUGAGCACACUGUGGGUGGUUCUAUUGAGCUACUUUCCAAGCUAUGGCAUCUGCAUACACUGAAGGAAGUCCACGGAAACGCUAAUAUCACUGCUAUGGCCUUCUCUCGUUUCGUCACACCAAAGAACAAUCUCCGCCAGCAAUAUAUCAAGCUAGCCAGCACAUCUCUGCAAAAAACAGUUGUGGUUAACAGUAUCGCCCUGAAGAAGCACGUUGAAAAGGCCCCGCGUAACAAGAAGGGUCCUCCCCGUGCUGCGCGCUAUGUCACAGCCGUGAAGUCCCGUGGUGUCUCUUCUCGUGGUCUUGGUAUCACUAUGGCCAUCUUUGCCCUCCUCAUGGCUCUUGUCGCACAGGCUGUUCUCGAACUCUCGGGUCAAAACACCCCGAUUCUUGGUGUGGAAAGGAUAUUCCCUGCCGCAUGGCAUGGCUCUCUACGUGCUCCCGACCACCCACCGGCAGCAUUUCUCGCUGACGAGUUUCUUGCCAAGCUCGGCGGUCGAGACAUUGUCAAGACAGUAACCGGCGAGACUCUUGUGGUAUACGAGGGCGAUCUCCCUCCCGCAACAGCCGGCGGUGACGACCAAGUGCCGGAGCUCAAGCUCGAUGUCCACGAGCCUUCUGUCCACGGCCCGGGCAUGACGUGGGAAGAGCUGGGCGAAGAGCAGAAGGAGGCAUGGAAGGCUCGUCUUAAAGAGGCUGGCGCCUGGACACAGACCAUGGGCGAGGCCGUUUUCAAGGGUAUUCUCUUUGGCGAGAUUGCGGGUGCCGUCGGUCGAGCCGUUGCUGGUUAA